CAGGUGAUAUGAUCCUAGUUUAGGCAUUUUAAUGGAAUAGAAUCUCAAAAGAUAGCUCAUAGUUGCUUUAAGAUCCUCGAAAUGUAACUCUGGGUGAACAGUAGAUCUAAUUAAAAUUAUGGUAUGAAACACAAGCGGUUGCUCUCACCUGUGUCGGACCUCUCUGCUAUCAGGUUCAAACUAAACAAGAACAGUAUUAGGCGGGCCCCUGUUCUCAGUAAGAAUGUAAAAACCACAUUUGAAAACAGAGAUCAUAGCGAUGAGGUCGUUAAAAGAUCCGAGGAGCUCUCUGCUAAGCCGGUAUGUGCUCCUAGAAAUGACAUUGUGUUCAAAGUUAAUUGUGAUAAUAACGAUGUUAGAUACAAUACAUUUGGUAUUCAGAUGAUUGCAUCCUCUCUGCAUAAAAAACUGUUUUCUCAACCUAGUCCGAAACUCGAUGACAAAGUGAAGGGUCAGUGUCAUGCCCAGCUCAAGUUGUUUGGACUAAAUGAAGGAAAACGACCAGUCACCCGUUCUAUUGACAUUUCGCUGCCGGAUAGUAUGUCAAAUCUUCCCGAAUUUUUCACUGGAAUUGCGGAAGAUCAGCUCAAACCAUACACAGACUUCAUUGAGCAGAUUGUUGAUACUCCAGUUCUCCCCAAACUACCAACUGAGUGGAAGAGAUGUCCGGGUUGGACUAAAUACGGUAAAGAUGGACCUGUUUCCGUCCCCUUUCCACAAUGCAGUGGUUUAGUCUUUGAUGUUGAAGUUUGCAUACAAAAUGGAAAUAAUCUACCCGCAUUGGCUGUGGCAUUUUCUCCAGAGUUCGUCUAUAGUUGGGUCAGUCCUGCUCUUGACAAGCCAUGGCUCUACAAUCGAGCUCCAAGCACGGAUCUGCUGAUCCCUCUUGGAAAUCAGCCAAAAAUUGUCGUAGGACACCAUAUCAUGUAUGAUCGGGCUCGAAUCGCAGAAGAGUAUUCUGAACAAAGGUCAACUCUAAGAUUUUUAGAUACACAAAGUCUUCACGUGUGUGUUUCAGGACUCGAGAAUACUCAGAAGGGUCAAUGGCUCGCAGCUAACUCACGAAACGAAACACUGGACAAGGACUGGAUGAAAGUUGGAUCUCCAAAUUCUCUGGCUGCAGUCCAUAAACUUUAUUGUGGCAGUGAUCUUGAUAAGAGCACACGUGAUGUUUUUGUUACGGGAACCCAUGCUGAUAUUCAAGCUCAGUUUCAGAGUCUAACGGCAUAUUGUGCAAGUGAUGUUGUUGCUACUUACAACGUUCUGAAAGAAGUUUGGGGUUUGUAUAGGGAGAGGUUUCCUUCUCCAGUCACACUGGCUGGGAUGUUUGAGAUGGCGUCCUGCUUCAUUCCAACUAACAAAAACUGGCACAGAUACACCAAUGAAGCAGAUAAUAUGUUUUACACCAUGCAGAGAGAAAUUCAACACGUUUUAUCAAACUUAGCAGACGAUGCACUGCUGAGGUAUCAUCUGGAUAAGAAGAGAACAGAAUCCGACCCUUGGAUGCAACUGAACUGGUCCACUAAGAAAAUCUUCGGUGUGAAAAACAAGAAACUCUCAAAAAAACUGCAGGCCGAGGAAGAUUUACAGCGCAAUGAGGAACUUGAAAAUCCAUCGCCCGCCUCCAUAUCAGACGUGAUCAACACCGUGUGUAGUGGAACAGCUGAGAAACCUAAACACUACCUUGGAGCUCCAGAGUGGUACAGAGCACUUUGCCCCAAAGCAAGCACCUAUCAUGACAUCAGCUGGACACGAGGUCCUAGCGAAAUAUCGCUGUCUACAUCAAUCGCCCCAAUGCUGUUAAAACUAGCUUGUCAUGGACACACUCUUUACCGUACUCACCAUCAUGGAUGGGGUUUUCUUGAACCAAAAUCAAUAGAUGAGGCUAGACUUGAUCAAAGUCUUGUUAGAUCGUUCUUUCCUGAUGUAACAAUCUUAGAUCCAAUUCCUGAUGAAGUUGGUCUUGUGAUCGAAAGAGAUGCUAUCCGUAACGAAGAAUAUUCAACAAGACUUGAGAACAUCAAGGAUCAGAUUCCUCUCAUCACAAAGAUUGAUAAUCCUCCUUGCAUGUUUAUUCAACACAAUUUCAAAAAGCUGUCACUGAAUGCAUCUCAUGUUGGGAAUGUGGGAUCCCCGUUAGGUAAAGGCUUUACUGUUAGCAUUGAGAGCGGAGUGAUAUCAAGCUCUGGAGGUUGGGAUGCUGAGCAAGUCUUAACCCUCGGGACCGGACUUACUUCUUGGCGGAACACACGGAACAGAAUCCGCUCCCAAUUUGUCGUGGAGUUACAAGAGUCAGACCUUAUCAACAAAGAAGCGAUAAGUAAGGCAAGUGAGGAAAAACUGGGUGCAAUAUUGCCACAAGUUACACCUGCUGGUACCAUAACAAGACGAGCCACAGAGACACUCUGGCUAACAGCCAGCAACGUCCGUCCGGACAGAGUAGGGAGUGAGUUUAAGGGGGUAGUUACUCCUUUUCCUGGUUAUUGCUUUGUGGGGGCAGAUGUGGACAGUCAGGAGCUGUGGAUUGCCUCUCUGAUUGGAGACAGCACGUUCGGGGAGCACGGUGCUACACCGCUGGGCUGGAUGGCACUGCAAGGUCAGAAGUCCGAUGGAACCGACAUGCACAGCAAGACAGCUGCUGAACUGUCCCAAGGAAGGCCUGGUCUGGUGUCCCGUAACUUGGCAAAAGCCUUCAACUAUGCCAGGAUUUAUGGUUCUGGGAAAGGGCUGGCAAGGAACAUGUUGAAAGACUGCUGCCAGGAUCUCUCUGAAAACGAAAUUUGGCAGAGUAUUGACAAGAUGUUCGCCAGCACAAAAGGUAACGAGCUGCACCAACUCACUAAUCUUGGUAAACGACAGGCUCUUCUACACGGGAUGCAUGUUGAAGAACUUUCUUCUGCUGAUAUUACAAAUUUGUCAGCAAUCACGGGAUACAAUCGAUUUCAACUGAGCAAAGCUCGUACGUCCAGGUACGCAGGAGGGUCAGAGUCGGCUAUGUUCAACAAACUAGAGGAGAUAGCCAGGUCAGAGCACCCUGCCACACCCUUCCUUAAGUGUAGGAUAACCAGAACUCUAGAACCCAGUGUUAUCCAGAAAUCCUACCAGCUGAACAGUAGAAUUAACUGGGUAGUACAGUCCAGUGCGGUAGACUUUCUCCAGCUGCUGCUCGUCACCAUGAAAUGGUUGAUGAGCGAGUACAAUAUUCCUGGCAGGUUUGCUCUCAGUAUUCACGAUGAAGUCCGGUUUCACGUUCCUCUUGAAUACAAAUACGAAGCAGCACUGGCUCUACAGAUAGCGAACCUGCUCACUAGAUCCUUCUUUUCCGCUCAGCUGGGUAUUCAUGAUCUGCCCAAUAAUGUGGCGUUCUUCAGUGGUGUAGACAUUGAUCGUUCUCUGAGGAAGAGUGUGAAGGAUGAGUGUGUUACUCCCUCUAAUCCUCACGGUUUGUCAGUGUCGUAUGGCAUCGAACCAGGGGAAGAACUAGAUAUAUUUACUCUUUUGGAUAGGGUUAAUGUUUUAAAGGCUCGUAAAGAACUGCCUACUUAAUUACAGUACUGAUGAGCUAAAUUAUUUGUUAUUAUCAUGAAGAUUGAAUAUUAUUUUCUUAUAUAAUCUUAUAUAUUUGCUAACUAUUACUCUAUUAUUUGAUUAAAUUUGCAAUCUCAUUUUUAUCACAUAUCUCUAUCGUAGAUCCUGCUGACAUAAUAUGAAAGUUAUUGAAUAAAUACCUGAUAACUUAUUUAUUGUUUAAUCUUUUAAUUUUAUAAA